GCGAAAGUUGUCCAAAGACAUCGAGUGGAGACCAAAGGCACGCCUCGUUGUGGGAGGACACAAGGAUCCGGAUGCCCCCUACCUGGCCACCAACGCUCGUACAAUCAGCCGCUUGGCCGUGUUGUCCAUUCUGCAGGUUGUAGCAAGCCGACAAAAGCAAGAGGAUCCCUGGAUAGCCAGCGCUGGGGAUGUGGCAUCGGCCUUCCUCAAUGGGCCUCCGUUGCAGAGACUUCUUUACCUCCAACAACCUGCUUCUGGUGUAGCUGGAAUGGAGAAGGGGGCCCUUUGGAAAGUCGAGAAAGGAAUUUUUGGCUUGGUGGAUAGCCCCCGGGGGUGGUGGGGGGAAAUCAAAGAUAUCUUGGCAGAAAUCCGGGUCCACUGGCGAGAGACCACCUUCUUCCUCGAGCAGCUGGCGCUGGACCCGUGCGUUUUCUGUCUUAAAGAUCUUGCUCAUCCAGAACUUCCUCCUCAAGGAUACUUAGGAAUCCAUGUCGACGACCUGCUUGCGGCCGGACCUAGGUCGCUAUGCGACGCUCUCAAGGACUCCCUGAAUGCCGCGCUGCCCGUAGACGAAUGGCUCGAUAAUCAGUUCGAGUACCUUGGGUCCAGAGUGGUUGUGGACGAGGACGGGGUGACGGUCGACCAAGAGCUCUACACCUCCGGGCGGCUGUUCACCGUGGACAUCGGCAAGGAGCAGCACGACCUGGACCCCGCCACCCGCGAGCAGUACAUCGACAACAUGAGCGCUAUAGGCGCCUUGUCCUGGUUGGCCUCGCAGACACGACCAGACCUCCAGGCCGGCGUCUCCAUGGCCCAGCAACUGCAACGGCAACCUUUGGUGGAGGACUUGCGCUUCACCAACUCUCUCGUCAAGAAAGCAUGGGCUCACCGAGAGGAGAGCAUGAGGCUAAAACCUGUGGACCUCACCUCCUUCGAGAUCCUGGCCUACCACGAUGCCGCGUGGGCCAACACCAAGCCGGCGACCGGACAAGAUCCUGACUUCAUGCUCUACGCCGAGGACGAGCUCGACGGCAUCAUGGAGGACUCUCCCUUCAAGAACAAGGAGCGAAAGGCCAAGCGGUUGGCUUCAAAGGUUGCCAGCCAGUUUGGAGUGCUGAUCAUGUUGGCAGACAGCGAAUGCACUUUUGGAGAAGAAGGCAACGCAAGCAUCCUUGAAUGGCGUUCCGCCUCCAUCAAGCGCGUCUGCCGCUCGACUUUUGCUGCUGAGACGAUGGCGUGCUCCGAGGGACUGGAGACAGGGCAAUACGUGAGGUCCUUCUUCUGUUCUCUUCUUGAAGGGCGACUUCGGCGAGUCGAAGAUCUCCAUGGGCAGCAUCUGAGGCGUUUGGCGAUAGACUUAGCUGCUUUGCGCCAGUCUCUCAACUGGGAGAAGCGCGGUGCUACGAACGCCUACCGCAGGCGCACGAGUUCUCAAGCUUCAGAAAAGGACGUGGGCACAG